CAAAAGACAUAUUUCCCGGUAAGAAAGCAGUGAAACACAGGAACAAGAAAAUAUUAAUAAUUAUGGAAAGAUUUGGAAAUUUGAACUAAUUUCAAUCCUUGAACAUGUCUUGUCAAACCAACUACAUUCAACUACUCCGUGUGUGGUGUCUCUUGCCAUGCAUGCAAGAACCAACUCAAAGACCAAUACUAUGGUUUCAUGCACGUAAUGUUUAACUGUUUGGUUACAAAAUAGUACCAUGAAUCGAAAGAACUUGGUACAAUUAGUCUAAAGAAUGAGCUUGCAACUUUUUGCUCUAUGCCCUUUACCAAUUUGGCCCAACACAGUUAGCAAUACAAACUCCAAAACUAGCACAGCAGCAACCUCUUUAUGCCAAGGUAAUUACAUUCCUAGCCGCGUAUAUUGGCAUACGCACCCUUCAGCUAUACUGUUAGAAAACUGCACCUCAAAGAAAGAGCUUUAUCAAAUCCUCCCGCUUAUCAUCAAAAACGGUUUCUACAAUGAGCACGUGUUUCAAGCCAAGGUUAUCAGACUAUUCUGCAAAUUUGGCAGUAUCAGUGAAGCAGCUUCUGUCUUUGAACCUGUUGAGCACAAGUUCGAUGUGCUUUACCACACCGUGCUCAAAGGGUAUGCAAAAAACUCAAGUUUGGAUGAGGCCUUGUCUUUCUUCCAUAGGAUGAUGUGUGAUGAGGUUAGACCAGUCGCGGGUGAUUACACAUGCUUGUUGGAAUUGUGUGGAGAGAAUUUGGACCUCAAAAGGGGUAGAGAGAUUCAUGGGCAGUUAAUAACUAAUGGGUUUGGGUUCAAUUUGUUUGCCAUGACUGCUGUUGUGAAUUUAUAUGCCAAGUGUGGCGAGAUCGAUUAUGCAUAUAAGAUGUUCGAAAAAAUGCCGCACAAGGAUUUGGUUACUUGGACAACAUUGGUUGCGGGAUAUGCUCAGAAUGGCUUUGCCAAGACAGCGUUGAAUUUGGUUUCGAAGAUGCAGGAAGCUGGUCUAAAGCCUGAUUCUGUCACAUUGGUAAGUGUUUUACCUGCUGUUGCGGAUGUGAAGGCUUUGAGAAUUGGAAGGUCAAUCCAUGGUUAUGCUUUCAGAUCAGGAUUUGAAUCACUGGUUAAUGUUUCAAAUGCACUUCUUGAUAUGUACUUCAAAUGUGGGUCUGAAAGGAUUGCAAGGAUGGUUUUUGAGGGGAUGAGUAGAAAGAGUGUUGUUUCAUGGAAUACCGUGAUUUGUGGUUGUGCACAAAAUGGCGAAUCUGAAGUAGCCUUUGCAACUUUUCUGAAGAUGUUGGAAGAAAGGGAGGUACCUACGCGUGUUACCAUGAUGGGAGCUUUACUUGCUUGCGCUAAUUUGGGUGAUCUUAAAAGAGGGAGGUUUGUUCAUAAAUUAUUGGAUCAGCUGAAACUUGAUUUUGAUGUGUCAGUCACAAAUUCAUUAAUAUCCAUGUAUUCUAAAUGCAAGAGAGUUGAUAUAGCGGCCUCAAUAUUUGAUCAUUUGAAGGAGAAAACAAAUGUCACUUGGAAUGCCAUGAUAUUAGGAUAUGCACAAAACGGGUGUGUAGAGGAGGCUUUGAAUCUAUUCUGUAGGAUGCAAUCUCAAGGCACUAAACUUGAUUGCUUUACGUUGGUAGGGGUAAUUACUGCUCUUGCAGAAUUCUCAGUCAACCACCAGGCUAAGUGGAUUCAUGGCCUGGCAAUAAGAACUUAUAUGGACAAGAAUGUCUUUGUUUCCACUGCUCUUGUUGAUAUGUACGCAAAAUGUGGAGCCAUCAAAACUGCAAGAAAGCUUUUUGACAUGAUGCAGGAGAGAAGUGUAAUAACAUGGAAUGCAAUGAUAGAUGGAUAUGGGACACAUGGCCUAGGAAAAGAAGCUCUGGAUCUCUUCAAAGAGAUGCAGAUGGGAGCUGUUAAGCCAAACGACAUAACAUUUUUGUCUGUAAUAUCAGCUUGUAGUCACUCGGGAUUUGUGGAAGAAGGUCUCUUCCUCUUCAAAAGCAUGAAGGAAGAUUAUGACUUGGAGCCUAAUUUGGAUCACUACAGUUCCAUGGUUGAUCUCCUUGGUCGUGCGGGUCAGUUGGAUGAUGCCUGGAAUUUCAUCCAGGAGAUGGAUGUCAAACCAGGGAUUUCUGUUUUGGGUGCAAUGCUAGGUGCUUGCAAAAUCCAUAAAAAUGUAGAGUUGGGAGAGAAGGCUGCAGACAAACUCUUUGAGUUAGACCCAGAUGAGGGAGGGUAUCAUGUGUUGCUUGCGAACAUAUAUGCCUCUAACUCAAUGUGGGAUAAAGUAGCCGAGGUGAGAACAGUCAUGGAAAAGAAGGGGCUUCAUAAAACUCCAGGCUGCAGUUUGGUGGAGCUGAGAAAUGAAGUUCAUGCAUUCUACUCAGGAAGUACCAAUCAUCCUCAAUCCAAAAGAAUCUAUGCUUUUCUUGAGACUCUUGGAGAUGAGAUAAAGGCUGCUGGUUAUGUGCCUGAAACCAAUUCAAUUGGGGAUGUGGAAGAAAACCUGAAAGAACAAUUGCUCAGUAGCCACAGUGAGAGGCUUGCUAUUGCCUAUGGACUUCUGAAUACAAGUCCUGGCACAACAAUACACAUUAGGAAGAAUCUAAGAGUUUGUGGUGAUUGCCAUGAAGCCACUAAGUACAUUUCACUUGUGACAGGAAGGGAAAUUAUAGUGCGUGAUUUACGAAGGUUCCAUCAUUUCAAAAAUGGAAACUGUUCUUGUGGAGAUUACUGGUGAAUCUUAUCCUUUUACGGGAUCAUAGCCUACUAAAACAUAGGAGUGGACAUUCUUAAAAUAAGACUCGUUAGAAUAUUCUCUCUUUUUCACUUUAUUAGUAGUCAUGCCACUAUAUUUUUGCAUCAUAUUACAUGUGCGUGUGCACAGUUUUUCAUCUUCCUUUACCUGCUAUCAAAGACCAUGACUACUUGAAGGGACAAUGUUUCUAAUGUAUGCGGCAAGUGGCUAUCUCCUAUCACUGUUAUGAGUCUAUACAUUCAAUUAUCCUAACAAUACAGUCUGUGAAACAUAAAACAUCCGUGAAACAGUCCCCAGAUCAUCAAUACAACAAAAAACUUUCAAGGCACUGUUCAAUGUCACCUCCACCACUAGAACUGUCU